AGGUUACAUCAGCCUCAGAGGGAGCAUACAGCUUCUUAGUGUGCCAGACAAACAGGGAUGGCGUUGGGCUUAUUUUGUGGCGUGGAGGAUCUGCUGGCCUCUGGAAGUCAGUUAGUGUGGACUGUGGCUGAACAGGUGCUGAGGAGAUGCUACAGCGAUGGGCUUGUGCCAUGUAGGAGGUUUCUGCAGACAUGGUGUCAUCUGGGAGAUGUCUACCAGGACGCUGACAGCACUCUUUUCCAUAUGGUGAAAGCGAAUGGAUACCAUUCUGAGGGCCAUGAAGCUUCACAGAUGCCCCAAAAAGCACAAUAUAAAACCAUAAAAGAGAUGACGGAGGGCCGGCUGUGUCAGGUGCUUCUGCUAGAUGACAGACAGCUGGAACUGCUGGUGCAGCCAAAACUGUUGUCCCGGGAUCUCGUGGAUCUGGUUUCAUCGCAUUUUAACCUAAAAGAGAAAGAAUACUUUGGAAUCUCCUUCACUGAUGAAAAGGGUCAGAAGAACUGGCUUCAACUGGAUCGCAGGGUGCUGGACCAUGACUUUUCCAAAAAGAGUGGUCCUCUUGAGCUCAAAUUUCAAGUCAGGUUUUACAUUGAGAGUGUUGCAUAUCUAAAAGAUGCUACCACCGUUGAACUGUUUUUCCGGAAUGCUAAGAUAUCUGUCUACAAUGAAAACAUUGAAGUGGAGAGUGAAAUCGUUUUUAAGUUAGCCGCAUACACCGUUCAGGAGGCAUGCGGAGAUUACACAAGUGAUGAAAGCACAAGAUCAGACUUAAAAAAGCUUCCAGCUUUCCCCACUGCAGUAUUGAAGGAGCACCCUUCGUUAGCAUUCUGUGAAGAUAAAGUAAUCGAGCGUUAUAAGAAGCUGAAAGGCCUCAGUCGUGGACAGGCUAUAAUACGGUAUCUGACCUUAGUUGAAUCCUUGCCUGCAUAUGGAGUUCAUUACUACAAAGUGAAGGACAAACAGGGCAUACCUUGGUGGCUGGGGAUUAGCUACAAAGGCAUUGGCCAGUACGACCUGCAAGACAAGCUCAAGCCACGAAAGCUCUUUCUGUGGAAACAGCUUGAAAACCUCUAUUUCCGAGAGAAGAAGUUUGCUGUAGAGGUCAACGACCCUCAGAGAAGAACAGCGUCUAGACGCACAUUUGGUCAAUCUGGUCAGGUUAUCUACUCGUGGUAUGCCAGCCAUUCUCUGAUCAAAACCAUCUGGGUGAUGGCCAUCAGCCAACACCAGUUCUACCUGGACCGUAAGCAGAGUAAAGCUAAAAUAACUACAGCAAGAAGUUUGGGUGAUAUUGCCAUGGAUCUCACAGAGACUGGUGCUCCAAGGAACAGUAAGCUGGUCAGCAUGGAGAGUAAAGACAAGCUCAUCAUGGCCAGCAAUGGAAGUUUGGUCUCUUCCAAUUCUGGAGACAAUGAAGUGAAUGAGGAACAGAAGAAAGAGAAGAUUGCAGAACUGAAGAACAAACAGGAGAGCAUAAAAGAAUUUCUGGCACUCAAGGAAGAAGAGCUGAAGAAAAUUUGCCUCCGGGAAGCUGAGUUGACCGGUGUGUUACCUAAAGAGUAUCCUUUGGCACCAGGAGAGAAGCCCCCUACUGUUAGAAGGCGUGUGGGAACUACUUUCAAAUUGGAUGAGCUUUUCCCUUAUGAUGCGGAUCCCCAUUUAAGAAACCUGGAGAGCUGCUUUGCGCUUCAGAAGAAGAUUGUGGAGGCAGCGAAAAAACUCGCCUAUGAAAAUGAGCUCUGUAAAACUGUAAAGAAGAAACGCAGGAGAAACCUUUUGGAUGCUACCAAAAAACUCCAGGAGAUUGAAAAUCAGAUUAAUGAUUACAGAGUGAAGGUUGGCAAGGAGCCCACGCAAAGAGCUUCUGUCAUCAUUGCAGAUGAUGUGAACCUUGACAGCCUUUCUGACUGCAUGAAUUUAGAAGAUGACGAGCCAUCGCAGAGACAACGCUCACGUUCAGUGCAGUAUUCUCCACGUCCCAACUCGUCAAACUCCUUCACUGCAUCAUACCAAUCAGAUCACGUAGAUCACGCCAAUGAGGACUACCAGGACUGUGGCAGAUUAAAUUAUGGUGAAGUCCAAGAACCUGUGGCCUAUAUGCACGGAGACGCCUUAUCAACACACAGCAGCCCCUACCGCCAACCCUCACGCCAGCCCUCUGACUCACGGAGCAUGCCCCCCACCCCUCAACUUCCCCGCAAUGCCUACAGCAGCAUCCAGCUCAGUACUCAUUUUCGGCAACGCAGUGGCAGUCUGGAAUCUCAGUCACAGUUCCUUACAGAAAGCGAGCCAUCUGAGCCCGUCUUCACCAUAUCUUCUCCUCCUCGUCGUAGCAAUAGCACUGAGAUACUUGACGAUGGUUCCUCUUACACCAGCCAAUCCAGUGUGGAGUACUCUGUACCCGGCUGCCAUUCGCGUGCUAAAAACCGCCAUCGGCGGAGGCAGGGCAACAUAUACGCCAACACAGGCAGCAUGCCUAACUUAGCACAAAAUGAGACACGGGGUUAUACACCCCAACCUCGGCAACAACCAACCACCACAGCCUAUUAUGUUACCGGAUAUCCACGGUACAUCGAACCUGAGGUGUACCCAAAUGGACAGUACAUGUACGAGACUGAGAUGGAAGGACACUAUAAUGUUAACCCAUCCUACAGACAUGACCCUCAUGGAAACUACGGCCAGGACGAGAUAGAUGGUUUGGCUCAUAACCUUUAUGCCACAUUAAGGCCGUCAAGGAACCGUCCUCCAUCCAGGAAUGAGAAUAUUGUCAAAAACAUGCAAAGGGCUGAAGUGGUUGAACACUUGCGUGGUUGGUACAACCGACAGCACAGACAACAAGGGUAUGAUACCUAUAUGGGGCCGCAGCAGAGCCUGGGCUACAGGACCAUGUCAUCGAGUUACGUACGCAGUGAAAGUGCAACUUCCUACUCGACGGUGGGUUCAGGAAACUGGCACGGUCGACCAGUCAUGGCAAUGUCAGAGUACGAUAUGCCUCCCGCACACCAUCAGUCAUACGGCUACAACACUGUUCAUUACAGCCAACCAUUACACAGCAGCUCUGACCCCCAUCUGCUGGCUCCACCUCCUGACCCUGUUAUGGACAGGUACCCACCCGAGUACGGGUGGAUGACUCCGGGCAGGAGAAGCCCGUUGCCAGCGCCUUUAGAGGUGCCUGGUGCUGUUGCCAGUGGUUAUGACCCGGAAUUCUUUUACACUCAUUGCUAGUGACACAGACAACACAUAAAACAUUGAUCCUAUAUAGAUGUGAACCACCACGAUUCACCCACAAGCAGCCCAAUGGACAGCAGUUUCGACUCUGAAGACCAGCAGACUCUCUAUUGGCAUGAGAACUCUAAACCUGGAACGAUAGUGUAGAGAAUGAGAGAAACCGUUUCCUCUCACGUGCCUUGCUCUCAUCCCAUUUGCUUAUUAAGUUCCAAAGGUAGGAAUGUUGCCGGACGAGAGCCUUAAAACAUGCGUGUGAAGUAGAUCCUGCCAAGCGACUCGAGAAUGGACAAUGCAUUCUCUUUGUGAACUAACCUAUGGGAUAGCACUUCGACUUCGAGACACAGCUGCUGUGGAAACUUUGGGUGAAGCUUUUGACGCUGUGGGCAAAAUGAACUGGAUACAUCGCCCCAAUACACACUGUGAGAUGAAGGAUAUCGCAACAUUAAUAUUUCAUCAGGCACAAGCAAACAAUAUGAAGGAUUGAAACCAUAUUUUUCUCAUGUGAAAAACCCACCAAGAUAUUCCACAAUGCUUUUUCACACUUGGAUUGUUAGUCGUUGAUGCUGACCUGGACAAACUUUUUACAGUGUUUUGUGUGUUUGUACUUGGAAUGUGCAAGAACGGCCUUUACAUUCAGUAUUUUCUCAAUUUUAAUGCAUUCACACUAACACGUAUUCAUCUUUUCUGGCUUUGUACUAGGACCGUUUUAAUCUGGUUCCAACCAGCAGUGCAGUGCGCAACUAACAUUUGUACCAGUCACAAGCAGUGUUUCUGUAUUAGUGAAUCAUGUUUGUCAACAUGUUACUUUGCAUCAGCCAGUGCCAAGUAUUCAUUUUCUUUUCUAAUCCUGUUAAAAUGGAUUGUAACAACUCAAAUGAUUGAAACAUGGGUGUAUAAGAGUUCAGUUGUUUUUAUACCGUCACAAACAAUUAACCAGGUACAAUAAUUCUGGCCAUUUACUGCACUUUUAUACUCUAAUGGACUUUGCUCACUCUGAAAGAUUGGAAACCAUGACUGAGCUCACAGCAUCUCUCUUUCUCUUCAGAAGGGAACUGUAUAUGUUUGUAAAUACUGUAAAAACAUUUGAUACAUUUUUUCAUCUUUUAGAGAGAUUUGUUUUUAUCAUUUGGAAAGAUUUGUUUUUAAAGCAUAUAAUAUAUAGUUUGGAAUUCUCGAGCUGGUUCUUCGUAAUUUGUCUAAAACAAUUCAUUGGAAUUAAAAGAGAAAACCAA